CAGUAGCCAUGGAAGUUGUCACCGUGGAGGAGUACUGAUGUUUUCAAACCGAAAAUGGACAUUUUAAAAGGCCUGUUUGCCUAGCAGAGGGCUGGCCUACCUAGGAGGAUAUCUUCAAACGUUAUUCUGUGAUUUGGGACUUGCUUUAGACGAUGGACUGGCAGGGGAGUGGAGCGUCUAACAGUAUGUGUCCUGUGGACGACAACUGCAGCAGCGGUUCGAAUGAUCAUCUUUCGACUUCACUGCUACUCCACGGGGCCAGUGCGGAGAGCAUGGCGUCGCUGUGCCAGCGUCAGCAGCGCUGCGUCCAGGCGUCGGUGGUGUCCAGCUGGCAGCUGGUGGAGGCACAGGACCAGCUCUGCGGCCUGGAGCUCCACGGCUCCGAGUCGGCCGAGCAGGAGCGCGCCCGCGCCCUGGCCUCCUCCGCCGAGCUCUCGCAGACCGAGCGCGAGUGGCGCCUCAAGGAGAGCAUGCUGGGAAGCCCCGACCCCAGAAGGAGUCCCGAGCUGAGCUCCAACGCCAGCCGAGACGUCUUCAACAAGAGUAUCAUCAAUAUGCAAAGCAGCAUCAGUUACAUGGAUCAGGACAAGAGCAAAACGUUCGUCCAGAAGCACGAGCAACAGGUCAAACAUUUCGGCAUGCUGAGGAGAUGGGAUGACAGUCAGCGUUUCCUGUCGGAACAUCCCUACCUGAUCUGCGAGGCGACGGCCAAUUAUCUGAUCCUGUGGUGCUUCCGGCUGCAGGCCGAGGAGAAGUCUGCGCUGAUGGAGCAGGUGGCGCAUCAGGCGGUUGCUAUGCAGUUCAUCCUGGAGAUGGCCAGCAGCUCUCAGCAGGACCCCAGGGGCGUCUUCCGACAGUUCUUCCAGAAAGCCAAAGCAGGACAGGAGGGCUAUUUGGAUGUCUUCCACUCCGAACUGGAGGGCUUCAAGCGGAGAGUGCAGGAGUACGCCAUGACGUCCAAGCUGGAGACCCCCAAGGCCAGUGAGCUGCACCCCACCUCCCCACGCUGCCGGCUGGACCCCAAAGAGGUGCUAGAGUCUCUGCCGCCGGAGUUAAAGGUGGGACUCCAGCUUCAGGAUAUGCAGACCCUACAGAACGCCCUCAGCACAAUGAACCCACAGGUGGCGGAGUACCACGUGCGACGCUGCUUGGAGGCGGGCUUGUGGACCAGCGCUGACCGGCUCUUCAAAGACGACACCACAGAAGCAGACGACUCUCGCAUGAUGGAGACGUAGUGGCGGACCUACACAGACACACACACUCACACACACACACACACGCUCCCACUCCUCCUCUCUUCUCAUAGGAUGCAUACAGUUAGGAAAAAAGAAACAAACCACAGACUUUGGGGCGUUCUAGCAGACGAGGAAGAGGAAGAGGAGGAGGAGGAAGAUGAUAAAAGAAAAGGGCUGCAGUCCUCACAGACUAUUUUCUUUGUUAUUUGCGACUGAAUGUGUGCUGCACUUUAUAUUUGUUUGGAGAAAAAAAAGAGCUAAAGUAUUUUAAAGAAAAACAGGAUAACGGUAUUUUUUUAGGCACUUGUUUGGUGCUUACUUUCUUGUGGAUUGACCGCGGGUCGCGACGAAAGGCCUGCAAAGCGGUAAAGCGGCCAGCCUUCACUGGAGACGAGCUUCUCCGCGUUUCAGAAGGUGCUGUGAGGAGAUGCCUUGAGAUUUUUUUAUUUUUCUUUGCUAUAUUUGUUAUCGUUCUCUGUUCUCUUGGGUGUUGUUCCUGCUCAUUUAUUUUUUCUUGAUCUGAAAAGCCAUGGCUUUCUGUUUUACGAGGGAGAGGAAGGAAAAGGAGAAGAUGGUUAUUUAAAAGCAGAAACGGCCAGACAGAAAUGCUGCGCGGGCUUCUUCUCCGACUGGUACUUCACUGCUCAGCUGCUGUGGUGGUGACUCGGCAGUGUUCAGUGCUCAACUUCUUGCUGAGUCAUGCCCUCACGAGAGGCCUUGAAAUAAUGGCUGGAGCAGCGCCCCCCCCCACCCCCCCACAACGUCCCUGCCUGCAUGACUCUGCAGGACUGCACGGUCUCAGGUGAAGGACUGUUUGGAUGGAGGUGGGGGGUAUAUGCCCCAAGCAGCUGUCAAGCACUUGUAACACUGUGUAGAGACUCAUGAAAUGUUUCCGUAGUUCCUUGCGUUAAGUCAGAGAAAGUGGAUAAAGAUAAACUAAAGUAUCUUGGGACAAGUCAUUCUGACAGACAAGUCGUCUUUACUAGUUCAGUUGAAGAAACACAUUAGCUCUCGUAUGUCAAGCUGUUGGUUAUUUUUCAACCAGCAACAAGGAGGGUAUUGUGAUCCAGCCAAUCCAGAUGAUAUGGGAAUCGUUAAAGUGGUAGGGAGACGCCAGAGGCUGAUCUCCAGUCACAUGUCAAUGAAUUGUUUUUAAAAGCCAGAUUGAUUCAAAGAAUUCAAAGCUGCUGUCUGAUAAAUGUAGCCAGUGUGUUUUGUAAAACGUAUGCUGUGAACUUGCCCAAAGACAUAUAAGCUCCUGCCAGUGUAUACUUGCCAUCAGUAUUGAGACCUGUCUUCCCCAAGACACUAAACUGAGGAACUCGGACGAUGCUGAGGGCAACCUGAUACUAUGCCCCUAACUGUUUUCAAUAUCAUCUUCUGAACAACUUAACAAAAAAAAACAAGAAAACGAUCUUCCAUCAUGCUGGAAGACUUUCACUAUGUAAGCUUAUGAUCAUUACACAUGGACCCCCCCACCCCCGCUGCAAGUGCUUGGCGAUGGCUUAAACAGGGUCACUUCUUUAUGCUGGCAGCAGGGCAUUCUGGACCUGAUGUGGCCCACGUCUGGCCCAAUCAAGGCCUGACCAGAAGCAAAGGAGCGGCGUAGCCAGCUGCUAUUGACCAUGAGAGGGGAUGUAUGCGGUCCCUUUAUUGAGCAGGUGGUGACCAGUGUGAGAAGCUGCCCAUUGAUGACCCAAGGUAUCUAGGUAAGAGCUUGCUGCCCAGUGCCUGUGGGAAUGUGCUACGGCAUCUCACAGCAGCACUGCACAGCAACCAUGCUCUUACUGUUGCCCUGGGCACCAUCACCUAGGGCAGUGUUGCUGGGCAACUAUAUGACCGGUUCCUAUUGUUCUGAUUGGAUGACUGUAACAAGCUGCCUACAGGUGAUUGUAGGUCUCUGGAUGAAAAUGUGUUGCCUAAUGUCAGAGAGACAAUUGCCCAAAUAAGGUCAGCCAGUAACAUUGCUCAAAAAGUGGCCCAGUGCAUCUAGACCUUUGAGGUCCUCCCCUUCUGUGUGGAAGAGCCAUGGUCCUGUUCCUCUGUUAGCCUGCUUUAAACGGGGCAUAGACAACUUCAUGGCAGAAUGUCAGUAAAUGUCUCGACACUGUUCUGUGGAGGACGGAUUACUGCAAUAAAUAUUAACGCAAAUGAGUGUGUGGAGGUGUUUCGUUAUUCGUCAAUGAUGCGUCGGCAGAACCAGAUGGUAUUGGACAUGGUUGGUUUGUUCGUGUUG